GCAAACGCCCUUCACCAUCUCAUCACCAACAUUCCUCAACAUCACUGGCAGGGCAAUCGCGGCCCCUAGCAACCUCUAAUCAAGCCCCCACUAGACACCAUCCCUCAGGAAUAGCGCGCAUCAUUCAUGUCUAGCUACGUUGUAUAUCAGACUGCUACAGGGGGCAUGACCAGCGCAAUGCAAGUGCUAUUAGAUGCUAGUAUAGGCCUAAAUUACGAGGUAGAGCGAUUAGGGUCACCACAUGGUAUAGCCAUUCUCUGCGGCAAACUAGACCUCGUACGCUUCCUACUUACCCGAGGUGCUGACCCGAACAACCAAUAUGCUUUUCCACCUAUCACCUUACUCCACCAGACAGCUUUGUUACAAUCGACAUCGCUCACGCGCCUCCUCGUUGGCCAUGGUGCCAAUGUACAAGACUCUAAGGCCCUACAGGGCGCUCUUACUACUCGACUUAGGUACUAACCUGAACGAAGUUUUCCG